AUCUGGUUUGAGCAAUGGACUAUACAAUUAUAUUACGUUUCUUGUUUGUGUUUCAGGCUAUUGGGCUUGAAGGGGAUGUUCGCAAGCAGGAAGAUGCAAAACGAGUUUUAGAGUCAACUGUCAAGCAUUUUGGUAGGCUUGAUAUUCUCGUGAACAAUGCGGCUGGCAAUUUUCUUGUGAGCGCAGAGGAUUUAUCCCCUAAUGGGUUUCGCACAGUUCUUGAUAUUGAUUCUGUUGGCACAUUUACAAUGUGCCAUGAAGCACUGAAGUAUCUCAAGAAAGGAGGACCGGGAAGGGGUCCAGCUAGUGGAGGAACAAUUGUGAACAUAAGUGCAACUUUGCAUUAUACAGCAUCUUGGUAUCAAAUCCAUGUGUCUGCUGCCAAGGCAGCUGUUGAUAGCCUCACAAGGUCCCUGGCACUAGAGUGGGGAACUGAUUACGAUAUCAGAGUCAAUGGUGUUGCACCAGGACCGAUUAGAGAUACUGUUGGAACUCGUAAACUUGUACCUGAUGAGAUAAAGAACAAAACUAGGGAAUACAUGCCACUUUAUAAAAUGGGGGAGAAACAGGAUAUAGCAAUGGCUGCCCUCUAUCUAGCAUCAGAUGCAGCUAAAUACAUCAAUGGAACAACGGUCAUUGUUGAUGGAGGACUUUGGCUGAGCCGGCCCCGACAUUUACCAAAAGAAGCAGUGAAGGAGCUUUCUCGAGUUGUGGAAAAGAGAUCCAGAGAAGCACCUGUUGGGGUUGCAAAGAGCAAGCUAUAAAAUUUGCUUACCCUGUGAAUAGAUAGUGAUGCUGACACAUUCAACAUUCACACGAAGUAUUGUUGCCCAUUGAUUUGUUACAUGCAAAUGGUGGUGUCCAAGGCAUUGGUGGAAGAGUUCACAAAAGAGCACCCUUGAAAAUUUGUCACGCUCUCUUUUUUUUUUUUUUUGGGUGAAUAAAUGUGUUGCAUUCUUAAUCUUCUGAACUCAGUAAUUUUGUUGAAUUCUCUCCCUGGUGAAAAAAAGGGUUGCCCAAUUAGAGAUACGUCUCUAUAGUGCGUAUGUAGAAAACCUAUUGCCUUUUUUGUUAACUCCCUACUUUCUUAAUUUUGAUUGCUGCUAUAUUUGAAUUCAAUUAUGAGUUAUUGUGCA